AUGACCAAUCGACGCGAUGCAGGGGCUGCUCCGGCCGAAGGCGAAGGAGACGCCAAUCUUCAGAAGGCGGCUGCAGUGGUAACGGAAGCCGACGCCAAACUUAAAGCCGAGGCGUCUGAUGCCGGAGGGGAGGCCACCGAAGGCCCCGGCAUUAAUCUCAAUGUCAAUGAUAUGGCGUCCAAAGCGGCCGAUCAUCUGAAAGCCAAGUACGAGAAGGCGAAGGCCAACAAAGGGGCCAAAGCUAAGGGCAAAGUGAUGGAAGUGGUGACCGAAGCCAUACGCGAAAUCAAUCCGAUCAAGUUGUUGAUGCAAUUGGACCCUGAUCCUCUACUCGCCAUGAAUGGGGUGGACAUGCAGAAGCUGAAGGCUCCCGUCGCCUAUUUCGCCGAAUCAUUCUUCACUAAAUACGCGGAGAGGACUAAACUGAGUAAAGCAGAGCUGAGCAAAGAGUUUGGCGCUGAUGUGGAGGCGCGCAAAGAAGGCGAAUGGAUUAGUAUUGGCGCUGUUCUCAGGGUUGGCAAAUCAAAGGACCUCAAACUCGGCGACUAUUUUGAUUUCCUCGGCCUUAAGUUAGAGGCAUAUGAGAAGAAAUACGACGAAUUCAUGCUUCAGUCGGUGAAAGUGCCGGUAGAGUUCAUCGACGACAUUGUGGAGGAAGGAUUCAGCAAAUAUAUUGAACAAAUCAAAUCAUAUGUGAACAGAAAUGGGGGCGCAAUGAACGCCGCCCUUCAGGCCUAUUCCGAUGUGAGCGGCAGAGAUGUGGUCAAAGCAACAAAACAAGCGAUCGCGCGGCUCAAGACCGUUAACGUGGCCACAGAAAAGGGACAUUUGACCAAACAGCUAGAAGAAUACAAAGAACAAGGUGAAAAACAGGCCAAAAUCUAUUACGUGCGAGUAUUUGGCAAAGGAGGGCUAAUCUUCCAGUACCAAACAAUCAUGGCUCUCGAUGAAGAUAUCUUUGACCGACUUUUGGCACUUCCGCCGGUUAUUAUCCAAACGAGUGGCGGUCUGUUUAAGCCGGUGAUGAUGGUUCUGGAGCCGUUGCUUCGGUGGACAAGGUUUCUGUGCACCGGUGAGUAUCACAAAUCGCUGUGGACUGGUCUGGAUGUGGCCGCCGCCUACGGUAUCAACAUAUGGGGCGGUGCCUACAAAGCCAGGAAAUUCGACACAACACCCGCUAAACCAGCGGCCAUCGCAGCCGUCGCCGGCAAACCACGGCCCAAACGUCAAGCGCCGGAGGGGGAAGAACCAGCGGCAGAACCAGCGGCAAAACCAGCGGCAAAACCAGCGGCAAAACCAGCCGCAAAACCGGCUGCAAAACCAGGUGCUAAACCUGGAGGCGGAGGAGGUCUAACAGGUUUAUUGCCCAAUUCUGGUGGCGCCAAACUGGUCAAAUUCCCGACCAACUUAGCGGCCGACAAGAAACUGGCCGAAUCAUAUCAGGGCGGACCCCCUCCCGGCGGCUAU